AAAUGCAGCUGUCAAAUUUAUUUACAUACGUUAAAAUUUUGAUUUGUUUUAAAUUUGUAUUUUUACUAAAAUUCAAAAGGCAGGAGGUUUUACUUUUAUAAAAAACCCAAAAAUUUUUCUGGUUCCAAAUUGUCAAUCUCCUCUGUCAGUCAAAAUUUCAAGUCCGCUAUGUCCUUGAAGAAAGACUUCUCCAAAGUGGAGUAUCGUAUAAAGUUGUUGUCAGGUAAUAAUGUUGUUCUCGUGGAGGCGAACGGCUUCGAAUCGGAAAUAUUUGUGCCAGAAAUUCAGAAUGGACGCAUCAGUUUUCAGAACAUUAUACCCAAUAGGCGAUGUUGUUUUAUGUUGAAUGCUUUGGCGUCGAAAAAUUUGUUACGCAAGAAACGUCGUUCCACGCAAUCUGCGACUGUGCAACUUGGGACAGCUGAAAGACAUCACGAUAGUAUUUCACCAUCCAGAACAUGGCGUCUUCACGGCGGAGAUGAUAUUAGUCGCGCACGUUCGCCUCUGGCAUUUAGCACACCUGCACCAGCACCGUCGCCAACACCAUCAUAUACAUUGAAGCAUCAAUUAAAAUAUACAAAUAAAGAAAAUUAUCGACCACGACCACGUACGUUGGCGCAAGCAUAUCAUACCAUUGAAUUACUACGUGCCAAAGGAUCAGCGCCUAUUCAAUUCGCAGAGAAUAUUAGCAAUCAAACUCCAUGCACUAAAACUGUACGCAUACAAUGUGAGCAAUCCGAAAUCGACAGGCAUUUGAAUAAUACAAAUUGUCUUGAAUCCGGUUCAGGCUUCAAUAUACCAGAUGUACCCAACAUAACACCGAGAUUAGAUUCCCCUGUUGAAUUGAAAAGUAACUCAAAAUCACAUACAAUUCAAACACCUGGAACAGUUACCAAGUGGCGAAAGUGUCUAACGCCUAUACGUACGUAUUCCCGUCAUGGCAUCAAUGUGCCACGCUUAACUUCCAGCUCCAGUGUUAAAAAAGUGCGUAAUAUAAAGAAAAUUUCUUCGUCUACACAAGGAGCUGCAGGUACUUACAAGCUAGAAUUUAAGAGGCGUAAACUUAUUGUUGACCCAAAAACGAUUAUAACGCCAAAAACAUUCAAGCAACAGCUACAUUCCACUGCACAUUUAAGCGCGAGAAGCCCUGAACGUUUAUGCACAUCGACAACCAGUCGAAAGAAAUUCGAGAUAAGCAAAAAACCAGCAUUCGAUAUGUUGACGGCGCCGAGUAGAGCACGCAUGAUGUCUGCAAAAUUAACACAACAAUUUAAAAAGAGUUGCGUGAAUAAAGCUUCAUCCACAUAUCCAAAGUAUAAAAUUUUAUGUAAAAUACCGCCGUUGGAACGGGAGGGUAUGCGUAGUGAAGAUCGCCAGGAUAUGUCUAAAGUGAACAUCAACCGAAAUUUACCGCCGAGUAAUGUCACAGUAGCAGCAAUGAUGGAGAAAGCAUGCUCGAAUGCUAUACAAAGUUCAAACCGAAGAUCCAGCGUAGCACAUGCGCGUUGGUGUAGUCAAUAACAGUGAAUGACCGAAUGUAGUUGAAUUGGGGCUUAUAAGUAAAUAAUUUUUUUGGACUAUAGUUUUAAAUAUGAUUGGCAAAAGCUUUUAUUUUUUAGUUUAAAAACUAUGUUUAAUAUCUAUAUAUGUACCAAUCAUAUCUAUUUUAACAUCUUGUACACAAAUUGUACUGUGUGGCCGACCAUUGGCUUGGCUUAGUGAAACAAUUUUGUCUGCAUAAACUGCAAAGUAGGUAAAUCAAAUUAGCAAUAAAUGCAGUCAUUAAAUUUUUUCUCUAAAAACAAUGACAAUGUGUUGCUAUACCCGCUAACUGUAACAGUUGUUGUUAUUAUGUGUGCAAAUUGUAAUAAAUUAGGGAUUUAUAGUUUUUCAUAAUUUAUGAAGGGAAAAUUGUAUAGAAUUCUAAAUCGAUUCAAUAAAUUACUUAAGUU